AUGGAGAGUUUGGUGACGCUCAAUGUUUCCCACAACAAUCUUUCAGGUUUCAUACCAACAAGUUUUCAAGACAUGUACGGCUUGUUGUAUGUAGACAUAUCCUACAAUCACUUGGAAGGUCCCCUUCCCAACAUCAGCGCAUUUCGAGAAGCUCUGCCAGAAGCAUUACAAGGGAACAAAGGAUUGUGUGGCACAGUUGGCACUCUGCCACCCUGCAAUGAACGUGGCUCAAAAAAGCACUUCAAAUUAAUAUUCUCUCUUCUAGCAGUAUUUGUAUUUCUAUCGGCUUUCUUUACAAUUGUCUUUGUAGUGCAAAGAAAGAAUACGCAUCAGGAUAAAGACCAAAACACCAUGCAUGAAGAAAUCUCCUUUUCUGUUUUAAAUUUUGAUGGAAAAUCAAUGUAUGAGGAAAUCAUAAAAGCAACAGAAGAUUUUGAUUCCACUUAUUGUAUUGGGAAGGGAGUACAUGGAAGCGUUUAUAGAGUGAAUUUGUCAUCUGCCAACUUAGUGGCCGUGAAGAAACUCCAUCUGUUGUGGGAUGGAGAGACAAAUCUUCAGAAAGAGUUCUUAAAUGAAGUAAGGGCACUCACUGAGAUAAGACACCGAAGCAUUGUGAAGCUCUAUGGUUUCUGUGCACACAAACGACACUUGUUUUUGGUGUAUGAGUAUCUUGAAAGAGGUAGCUUGGCUGCCAUGUUGAGCAAAGAUGAAGAAGCUGAAGUGUUGGGGUGGAGCAAAAGGGUGAAUGUUGUUAAAGGUGUAGCUCAUGCCUUGUCUUACAUGCACCAUGAUUGCUUACCACCGAUUGUACAUCGUGACAUCUCGAGCAAGAACAUUUUGUUGGAUUCUGAAUAUGAGGCAUGUGUUUCAGACUUUGGGACUGCUAAGUUUUUAAAUCCAGACUCAACUAAUUGGACUGCCGCUGCAGGCACAUAUGGCUACAUGGCACCAGAGCUUGCAUAUACAAUGGAAGUAACCGAGAAGUGCGAUGUUUAUAGCUUUGGAGUUGUCACACUAGAAAUAAUUAUGGGAAGACAUCCAGGAGAUGUUUUCUCAUCUUUAUCAUCCAGGGCAUCAUCGUCAUCCUCAUCUGCAUCACCUGCCCCAGAAAUGCCAAUUUUAGACAUUCUCGACCAACGCAUCUCGCCACCCACAAAACAAGAAGCAGAGGAGGUGGUGUCUCUUGUGAAGAUAGCAUUUGCAUCCUUGAAUCCUAGUCCACAGUGUCGUCCAACGAUGAAGAAAGUUUCUCAGCUCCUCUCAUCAACUCAGAGGCUGCAUUUGUCAAAGCCAUUACAUAUGACAACAUUUGGUGAAUUACUUGCUCUUGAUGGUUUCACAACCUGA